AGUGUGUAUAUUGUUGUCAAUGUGUUUUCAACAUUUUAGAAUUCGAAACAAUUCAGUCGCGGAGAGCUGAUCGUAUAUGACUUGUUCUGAAUAGUCAUUAUAAGAUGAGGGUUCUUUAUGUAGCAUUGCUGCUCAUAUUCUCUGGUGUUCAUCUAGCUGAAGCCAGAAGACAUUUAAGGGAGCACAAUGGAACAAUAUCGUGUUCGUCUGUAAGAGGUAAUUCAACGGUGACUUGGAAAUACAGGAGUGAUGGAAAGAAAGAAUAUGAGGCACUUUGUGUUACUCAAGGUUCAACGAUUACAUUUGAGUUUUCGUCUGGUCAUAACGUAGACAAACUACCAGAUGAGGCUGCGUAUGAUGGAUGUGACACGACAAAUCGCAAUUUCGAGGAAAGCCCCAAAGUUUAUACAAUGAGCAGCCUCAAGACAUAUUAUUUUGCAUGUGGCAUUUACUCGCAUUGUGAAAUAGGUGGUAUGCGAAUCAAGAUACAUGUUGUUCCAGAACACAAAGAAGCUGUGAUGACAACAGAAGAAACUAUGACGAAUCAAACAGAUGUUAUAACAACAACUCCUUUGACAACACAGAAGCCCAUGAUGAAAAUUAAGGUUCGCCCGGACUGCCCUGCUUGCCCCCGUGCUAAAUGUGUCUCCGAUUAUUGCCCUAACUGCUGGGAUCCGCUGUUCAAAUUAGGGAGGAAGAGAUAUGUUGACUGCGGCAGAGUCGAGUGUGAUAAUCCUGAAGACUGCAAAGUAGACCCCUGUAGUUUUGUAAAGAAGCCUAACAAGGGCCAGUGCAUAUCUAACAACUGCGGUGGAUGCAAGGCAGUGUGUUACAAUAAGAAGUGUAGGAAGGUGAAAUGCAAGAAACUUAAAAUGAAAACCACACCAACGAUGCCCUGA